UCUCUAGAAGAGUGCUAAAGAAGUGUGAGAGAAAGAAAACAAAAGGUAUAUAUUAUCGAUCAAAUGGAAGAUCCAUGCCCAUCAUCGUCUGACCAUUAUUAUCCAGUUAUGAGCAAUUUCUCACUAGCAGAGCUGUUGGAGUAUUCCGAAGAAGCUGAAAAGAGCUGCAGCUCCUUAGGGUUUAUGGAGUUGCUCAAUAUGCAACAAGACUUCGGCGGCGGCGGCGGCGGCGCCCCCCCUUCUUCUGUGUUUGAUGUGUUGCAACAACCCAAUUGUGUGGAACCCUCGAAUAAUAAUCAAAUCCAGGAUUCGUCCGAUCACGUGCUGAAUGCACCACCAACGCCCAAUUAUUCCUCUAUUUCUUCUGAAUCCAGCGGCGGUGGCGGCCAGAACGAUGAACACACCAAAGAGGGGGUGGAGGAAGAAGAAGAUGAAGAAGAGCUGGAGGAAAACCACAAGACUAAGAAACAGUUGAAAGCGAAGAAAACAACAAGUCAGAAGAAGCAGAGGGAGCCAAGAUUUGCUUUCAUGACAAAGAGUGAGGUUGAUCACUUGGAAGAUGGCUACAGAUGGAGAAAAUAUGGUCAGAAAGCUGUCAAAAACAGCCCUUUUCCCAGGAGCUAUUACAAGUGCACAUUUGCAUCAUGCAAUGUGAAGAAAAGGGUGGAGAGAUCCUCAGAUGAUCCUAGCAUUGUUGUGACUACAUACGAAGGCCAACACACUCAUCCUAGCCCCAUAAACUCACGGUCCUCCGCUGCCGCCGCCGCUCUACCGCCACCGUAUAAUUCCGGCUUCUCGAUCGGUGGUGCCGCCCGUUUCCAACCGCCUGCGCAAAUGGUUUCGGCUCAGAAUAAUAAUCAGCAACAGUUCAUGUCGUUUCUUGCAAACUGUGGAGGUGCACAGCAGUUGCUCUUUGGCCCUCAGUCUUCUGCUAAUUUGCUAGCAGACCAUGGACUUCUUCAAGAUAUUCUGCCUUGGUCCUUUAUUAAGAAUGAAGAGCAAUGAAUUGGGGAUUAAUUUGAUUGUGCAAUUUAUGUGUUCCUCGUUACAUUUACUGACUGAUUGUAGGAAAUGUUUGUAGAUGAAACUAGUAUGUACUGUUUUUUUAUUUUAUUUUAUUUUUUUCAGACGAUAAAUGGUAAUCUUUUAUAGUACAAAGUUGCAAACCCUAAUUGUUGGUGGCCUUAGUGUAAAUGACUCCAUUAUGUUAUGGAAGUGUGACAUGGGGCAAUUGUUUUUCCUAGAGAAGUGGGAUCUCAAAAUAUGGUCUUGGAAAU